AUGAGCAACUUGGAAAAGUUGGUUCAGAAGAGGGACAAAAAGAUCGAUGACUUGGAAGGGUUGGAACUGCAACUUUUGAAGAAUGCCAAUCGCAGCAAAGACGAUGCACCAGAUGAUAACGAUGCAGGCUCGAACCAGCAACCAAAGCCGGUGAAUGGGGCCCAUCGACCGAAGCACAAGUCAAAAUAUCUAGUUGGCGAAGAGAUUGACAGCAUCUGCCGUCUGAGAGAGGACAUCUCAACUGUCAUUUCUGACGUGGACCAAGUUCGAGAGGCCGACUCCAGCACCCCUGGUAGAAGAACGGGAGCAAUAUUCGUCGAGUUCAAGGAUCAGGUUAGUGCACAUCAAGCGUUCCAGCAAGUGCGACAUCCAUCACCUCUUACAUUACAGCCAAAGUAUAUCGGCAUCCAGCCGAAAGAGGUCAUCUGGCAAAAUCUCAAUCUCGAUCCGUCACUCCGAAUCACAUACUCUUAUAUUGCUAUAGCCCUUGCUGUUGCAACAAUCAUCUUCUGGUCCAUACCAGUCGGGAUUAUUGGCACAAUCUCUAACAUCAAUUACCUGACGGACAAAUUUCACUUUCUGCGAUUCAUCAACAAUCUCCCGGAUCCUAUCCUCGGACUGCUCACAGGGCUGGUGCCACCUCUACUGCUCAGCUCCGUGGUUUCCUACGUACCGUACCUCUUCCAAUGGGUAGCAACGUUGUCUGGCCAACCAACAAGCAAAUCAGCAGUCGAGUGGGCUCAAAUGUGGUACUUUGUAUUCCAAGUGGUUCAAGUCUUUCUCAUCACGACGUUUUCGUCGGGGGCUGCCGCCCUGGCUACCAAGGUUGCAAACCAGCCAACAACCGUUCCAACUCUGCUUGCGAAGAACCUGCCGAAAGCAUCGAACUUCUAUUUGACCUACUUCAUCAUCCAAGGGCUCGGUACUGCGUCGAAGAACAUUUUGAACUAUAGCGAUCUCUUCUCCUUCUUGUUCUUUUACUACGUCAUGAACAAGACCCCGAGACAGAAAUUCAACACUUAUGCGCAGAUGAAGGGAAUCAGCUGGUUCAACGUCUACCCGAAAUUCACGAACUUGGCUGUCAUUGCCGUGGCCUAUUCGUGCAUUGCACCACUCGUUUUGGGGUUCGCAGCGAUUGGCUUGUUCCUGUUCUAUUUGAGCUACCGCUACAAUCUCCUUUACGUGAUUCAAGUCAAGACAGAGACACGAGGAGAGAGCUACACAAGGAGCCUACAGCACCUGAUGACGGGUGUCUAUCUGGCAGAAUUAUGCUUGAUUGGUCUGUUUGGAAUCAAGAAAGCGGCUGGUCCGUCCACUCUUAUAACGGUGUUGCUGGUCGUCACCGCUCUCUACCACAUGACCGUCAACCAAUACCUUUCGCCUCUGGAAAAGUACAUGCCGGUUGACGUGUUGUCGAACGAGGACGAGGAGAGGCCUCUCCUAAGAGACAACGAAGCGGGCACGGGGUCGCACACUGAUCAACCCGAUCGAUCACUGGUCCACAGGCUUGGUUCGGGAAAAGUUCCUGCGGUUUUGCUGGAUCCACUGGCCAACCUGCUCGAGCCUCGGAUUUUCGCUUCACAGGAAGCUCUUCGACCAUGGCUUCAGGACCCCGAGGGUGAAUCAGAAGAACGAAAUUCCUAUACCGACGAGCAACUCAAAAAUGCAUAUCUUCUGCCGGCGAUGACCUCGAAACCCCCAAAAGUUUGGCUCCCAAAAGAUAGGAAGGGGCUGUCAAAACACGAGGUAGAUGAGAACGAGAAGGCAGGGUUGCCUAGCACAGACGAAGGCGCUGAACUUGGCCCAUCGAAUGAGAUCCUAUGGAACCACGAUGAUUUUACGACAGUGCCUAUUUUCAAGCAAGCCACUCGAUAUUGA